AUGUAUAUCAUUUCUCAAUUUAAUGACUCAUUCAAAGUACCACCAAACAAGUUAGAGCAUAUUCUUGUUAGUAUUAUUGAUUCAAUAAAUAGUAAAUAUCAAAAUAAAAUGAUUGAAGGAAAAGGAAUUGGAGUGACAUUAUAUGAUAUUGUUAGCAUGACAGCACCAACCAUUGCUAUUGGAACAGGUGAUGUGUAUUAUGAGGUUGUGUUCAAUUUAGUUAUCUUUUCUCCAUUUCAAGGUGAGUUAAUUGAAGGAAGGGUGUUAAGAAGUCUUCCAAGUGGAAUUCAAGUUACACUUAAUUUUACAGAUUCAGUUUUCAUUGACCAAUGUUAUUUCCCAGCCAAUAGUGACUUUGAUGAAGAUGAACAACUUUGGUAUUGGAACUAUGAUGGAACUAAACUUCCAUUAUACAUUAAUUCAACAAUUAGGUUUAAAGUUCAUCAUGUCAUAAUGAAAAAACAAGAAAGUGUUAAACCAGUUGUUGUUCCACAAGUAUCUCUUAUGUCUAAUAAUUUAAAACAACAAAAAGAUGAAAAAGGAGAAAAACUAAGUGAUGAAAAGAAGGGUAUAAAAAAAGAAGAAACAAAAAUGGAUGAACAAACACAACAAGAUCUUAGCCAAGAAGAAAAUGAAGAAGAGAAAUUACCAUUAAGGAUUUAUGGUAGAAUUAAUGAAAGUGGUCUUGGACUUACAACAUGGUGGAGUUAA